GUGAUUGGUUUAAUCUGACAACCAAUCGUGAGAGAGGAGAGAACUGCAGAGGCGGGGCCACCAUUUCCAAGCUCAACCGUCAAAGUCCCGCGGCCGGGGAUGCAAGAGGCAAGAGGACCAGCGUUUCUAAGGCAACGAAGUUGGACAAAGCUCUGCACUGAUCCCAGGCUACCCUGCUCUCUCCAUUUAAGUUUUGCCUCAGAAAAGGAAACGUAACCAAGCCAAAUGAACAACUUAGAAACACUGAAGUCCCAAGGACUUCAUAGUGAUGAUGUCCUUGGGACAAUUGGGCCUUUUAAAAUCUAUUUGGGCAGUUUGGAGGCCCUUUUAGGCCCUUUCGAAAUUCCAGAUGAGGUGAUGAAUGCCUUAUUUCUCAUCAUGAGCAGGAGCCAGCCUGGGACAGAGGCUAUUAAUAGUCAGGCUAUGAGCCUGAUUUUGGAGGGCAGCUCCAGGGCCAGGAGUACUUAUUUCUUAAAAAAAAACAUUCUUAAAGAAGCCAGUGCCGUCUUCGGGCCCUACUUGGUGGGAGAGUGCCACUGGACCCUCUUUCAUUGCAACUUGAAAGAGGGAACAAUAACUUACAUUGAUUCCUUGGGGGAGCAACCACAGCGUUGCUUCCAAAUAAUAGAAAAUUGGAGCUUAUUUGCUGCUAGCAGAGGCUGCCAAGGGCCCUGGAAGCUGAUACAGAGGGACCAUGACUUGCAAAACGACUCUGUGUCAUGUGGAGUGUUUGCAAUAAUGUUUGCAGAAAUGGUCCUCCAGGGACAAGAAGGUCACCUCCAAUGCCUCCCCAUUGCUCAAGAGCGGGAGAGACUUGGGACUUUGUUGAUUAACUCCCUUGAUAAACCUGUUGGAGAGCACCCAUGUGCAGUAGAUGGUGACCCUGCACAGGAAUCUGAGUCUACAGAGUGUAAACAAGUAGAUGGUGACCCUGCACAGGAAUCUGAGUCUACAGAGUGUAAACAAGUAGAUGGUGACCCUGCACAGGAAUCUGAGUCUACAGAGUGUAAACAAGUAGAUGGUGACCCUGCACAGGAAUCUGAGUCUACAGAGUGUAAACAAGUAGAUGGUGACCCUGCACAGGAAUCUGAGUCUACAGAGUGUAAACAAGUAGAUGGUGACCCUGCACAGGAAUCUGAGUCUACAGAGUGUGAACAAACAUUAUUUGAAGUGGAGAGUGUUCUCCGAUUACCUGACGGGACCAAGGCCAAAAGAUAUAAAGUGACUAGGGAGGAACUGGUUAGAAGGUGUGGGCCACCAGAGGGCUUUUCACCCAAUGCUCUGGUGGCCUACUUAAGGAAAGGCAAGAGCCAGAAAGAGGCGCUCAUGGCCAAGUUGCACGACUCACAGGUGGAGCCAGGACCACGAAUCAGGCUGUCAACAAGUGUCAGCAAGUUGUGUGAAGAAGAAUGUCUGGCCCUUGCAGAGGAUUUAAAUUACAUGGGUUUUAAAUACCUACCAAUUCAAAAAAUGGGCCAGGCUUGCCUGGAGGAGGACCAUCUUGAGGCCAUCGUCAAGGCCCAACACUGCAGGCAGACACUAACAAGGAUAAAGACAGCGAUGGAGGCCAACUGGUCCGAUUACAAUCUUGCUACGCAUGGCCUUGGGCCAGAAAUUUUGAAGGGUGCGUUUUCUUUAAUUGAUGCGUGCCUGGUCGAGGCAGAGAACCUCCACUGCUUCCAGAAGUAAAUAAAACAUCUCAAUUUUAAAGUGGUAUCAGCAUUUAUGGGUAGCCUUGACAAAGGAAUAGCCUCAGAUUGUUUACUGAAUAAACCACUUUGCACAAUAUAGAUGUGAUUUAAACCAUGUGUUGAAAAAUCAGUUUUUGACCCGAUUUCAAUUUUGUUUCAUAUCAGAAAAUAUGGGAUGUCAAAAAUAAGUGCUGAAAAUGUGUAAAAGAAAAAAUUUACAAUUUAAAACGUUGGAAAAAGCAAAAACAAACUCUGGCGUCAAAGUGUUUUUUUUUUCAAGGUAGACGGGAAGACAACAUAAGGGUGAAAAUAUAAUUUGCCAAAUAAAUGUUAUGUUUGACCAUAAGAAUGUAUCUGAGAAUGUA